AGGGACUUUGGCUUGAUGGCUGAGCAGUACCUUCAGUGGAGAGACCAGAUUCUGCCUUUCCUGUCCCCAAUUCUCCUAGCCCCACCUGGAGCUAGUUCCGUCUGCUUUGUGGGUCUGCAGCCCUCAGACUUUUCCACCCAGUGGUUCAGGGCGUGGAAUCCUUGUUGCGUGGUAACUGCAGACCUGUGCCUUAGGCAGAGUCCUGGUUGGGCUCUUUUUCCUGAGUAUGAGGGAGAGGAGGCCGGGGCUGUGCCUCACUCGGAAUCCCGGCUGGAUUGCCACCAAUUUCCUGGGUUUAAUAGAGAGCAGGAAGAACGUUUAAAAUUUGGAGACAACUUGCUUGGUUUUUCUGCUCUUAAUCAUCAACAAGAACCAACAAUUAAGCUUGAAAGGUAUCUGAAGUCUAUUCAGAAUGAGCCCACAACGAUGGUCGUUUCACCCGCCAGCUCGGAAGCCCAGAUGGUGCAGUCGCUGGGCUUCGCCAUCUACCGCGCGCUGGACUGGGGGCUGGACGAGAGCGAGGAGCGCGAGCUCAGCCCGCAGCUGGAGCGGCUCAUCGACCUCAUGGCCAACAACGACUGCGAAGACGGCGGCUGCGGGGCGGCGGACGAGGGCUACGGGGGCCCCGAGGAGGAGGAGGAGGCCGAAGGCGGGCCCCGCGCCGUGCGUACCUUCGCCCAGGCCAUGCGGUUGUGCGCUGCGCGCCUGACCGACCCCCGGGGUGCGCAGGCCCACUACCAGGCCGUGUGCCGCGCACUCUUCGUGGAGACACUGGAGCUGCGAGCCUUCCUUGCGAGGGUCCGGGAGGCCAAGGAGAUGCUGCAGAAGCUUCGGGAGGACGAGCCGCAGGCAGAGAAGCCGCUGGCAGAGCUUGACAACCUGGGGCGCACGGACUGGGCCCGACUGUGGGUCCAGCUCAUGCGGGAACUCCGCCAUGGGGUGAAGCUCAAGAAGGUGCAGGAGCAGGAGUUUAACCCCCUGCCCACCGAGUUCCAGCUCACGCCCUUUGAGAUGCUGAUGCAGGACAUCCGCGCCAGGAACUACAAGCUGCGCAAGGUCAUGGUCGAUGGGGACAUCCCUCCCAGGGUGAAGAAGGACGCCCACGAACUCAUCCUCGACUUCAUCCGCUCGCGGCCUCCCCUGAAGCAGGUCUCCGAGAGAAGGCUUCGCCCCCUACCUCAGAAGCAGAGGACCCUGCACGAGAAGAUCUUGGAGGAAAUCAAGCAGGAGCGGAGGCUGCGCCCAGUAGGGGGCGAGUGCUGGGGUGGCCGGGGGUUUGGCUCUCUGCCCUGCAUUCUCAAUGCCUGCUCUGGGGACAUCAAGUCCACUUCCUGCAUCAACCUGUCCGUCAUGGAUGCUGGGAGCAGCGCUCAGCGCCCGCGACCCCGGGUCCUGCUCAAGGCGCCCACCUUGGCUGAGAUGGAGGAGAUGAACACGUCUGAGGAGGAAGAGUCUCCGUGUGGGGAGGUGACACUGAAGCGGGACCGCUCCUUCUCGGAGCACGACCUGGUCCAGCUCCGGAGCGAAGUGGCCUCUGGCCUGCAGCCAGCCACUCAGCCCCCAGGAGGGUUGGAGCCAUCCCGGCCCCGCGCAGGCAGCGUGCACGCCUGGAGGCCCAGCACCCAGGAGCAGGGUUCCUUCCCUGUGAGCGUCCAGUCCCAACCUGACUCCAGCCCCCUCCCACGCAGUGACCUGGGCUCAAGGGAGGAGGACAGGCCUGAGGAGGGCAGGCAGGAGGCCUCUGAGGCCCCAGACGCCCAUCACCUGUGGCUGAUCUCCCACAGGCUGCUCGAGUGUCCUCCGACAUGGCGGCUGGCAUCCCCCAGAGCACGUGGUCUGAGAAAGAGCAGGGCAGAAACCAGUAUCUUUAUGAGAGUUCAGCCACCCUGUGGAGAGCCUUGCCCUGACUGUGGAGGAGGUGAUGGAUGUGCGCCGUGUGCUGGUGAAGGCCGAGAUGGAGAAGUUCCUGCAGAACAAGGAGCUCUUCAGCAGCCUGAAGAAGGGGAAGAUUUGCUGCUGCUGCCGUACCAAGUUCUCACUGUUCUCCUGGCCACCCACCUGUCUUUUUUGCAAGAGUUCCUUGAGCAGGAGGAGGUAAAGCUGCGAACCCAGGGAGACCACAGCAGCUCGAGUUCUCAGUGCAGAUUUCCAGAGGGAGAGAGCUGUCCACAGAGCAGGCUUCAGACCGGCAGAAGGUCCCCCUCAAGUAUUCAGCAGAGUACUGAUCAGCACAUAGAUGCAAGAAAGUUACUGAAGGCUAGGGAAGAAUCGUCUGAAGCAGGGAGUGGUGAAUGCCAGUCCAUGAGCCAAAUCUGGCUCACUGCCUGUUUUGUAAAUAAAGUUUUAUUGGAACACAGUUAAAGACAUUCAUAGUUCAUUUAGUCACAUCUGAAUGUUUACUAUCUGACCCUUUACAGAAAAUGUUUACUGACCCCGUGCUAAAGGCUUAAAAGAACAUAUUAGGAAUGGUGUCUGUUGCCACCAGCCAUGGUGGAAAUGCAACGUGUGGGCCACUGAGUGGAAUACACAGAAAGUCUUGUCUCACUAGUGGGAAUAAGCACUCCUAGACUGAGCAUUGCUCCAGACCUAACCAAACACAAAAGCAAGACCCGAAAGGAGCAAACUCUUCCCAAGUACCUUAACUGCUUCCCAGAUCAAAGCUCAAGAAGAGGAAGGAAAACUGUCCGGCACCCAGCAAGAUGAGACACCUGGCAUCCAACCAAAGAUUAUCAGGCAUGUCAACAACCAGGAAAACAUGACCCAUGAGGAGAAAAAUCAAUCAAAAUCACCCAGAAUGGGUGCAGAUGUUAGAAUUAGCAGAUAAGGACAUUAAUAGUUUUGAACUGCAUUUCAUAUGUUCAAAAAGUUAGAGACAUGGAAGAUAUAAAGAAGACACAAAUCAAACCUCUAGACAUGAAAACUAGAAUGGUUGGGAUGAAAAUUGCACUGGAUGAGAUUAAUGGCAGAUUAGACAUUCAGAAGAAUGUGCAGAAGAAAAGACUAGAGACCUUGAAGAGAGCAAUAGAAACCAUCCAAAAUGAAAACAUUGAGAGAAAAAAGAAUUAGAAAAAUGAAAAAGGCAUCAAUGAGCUGUGGGAUGACAUUAAAAACCCUUAUAGAGGUGUAAUUAAAGUUCCCAAAGGGAAGUGGGGGACAGAAAAAGUAUCUGAAGGGAUAAUGACUAAAAAGUUUUUCCAAAUUUGAUAAAAAAUAUAAACCCACAAGAAACUCAAUGAACCCCAAGCACAAGAAACAUGAAUAAAAUCAAACCAAUGCGCAUAGUAAUCAAAUUGAUUAAAAGCAGUGAUAAAAAGAAAUUAUUAAAAUCAGCUAGCAAAUAAAGACAUGUUAUGUACAGAGGAAAGACAAAGAUGACUGCAGAUUUCUCGUUGAAACAAUGCAAGCAACAGCUUUAAAGAAGAAAAAAAUUGUCAAUCUAGAAUUCUAUACCCAGCAAGAAUAUCUUUCAAAAACAAAGGCCAAAGUAAAGACAUUUCCAGAAAUACAAAAGCCAAAAGAAUUCUUCACCAGCAAAGCCAUAGAAACAAAUGUUACAUGAGGUCCUUCACAUAGAAGGAAAAUGAUACCAGAUGGAAAUCUGAAUCUACUCAAAGGUAUGAAGGACACUAGAAGUAGCAACUACUAAGACAAAUAUAUAAGAUUAUUUUCUUAUAACUCUUUAAAAGGUAAACCAAUAUCCACCACCCAACAAGGUAAAAUUCAAUGUCUGGCAUCUAAUCAAAGAUUACCAGGCAUGCAAAAAAAAAAAAAAAAAA